GUUUUUAGAUUUAGAUUAAAUUUAUAAUUUUCAUCGUUUGCAGAGUUUUGAAUUUUAGUUUUUAUUUUUUCAAGGAAAUUUCUCAUGUGAAAAAAAAAUAUAUACAAUUGUUUAAACAUAUAUCAAGCAACUUCCAGCCUGUUUCCUCUUUCUCUAUCAAUCCUAUACGUCCCUGGAUAUUAAAUACUCCUCCACUCCACUCUCUCUCUCUGUCUUUCUAUCUAAUAUCGUCGAGGACGAGAUGCCGGCGAGUACUGAGUUCCCCGGAGGACAAGUCGCGGAGCACACAUCAGCUGAGGAUUUACUCAAGAAAUUUUCAUUUGAAGAACUAGCAAUUGCAACUCGUCAUUUCUCCAACAAACGAGUUCUUGGCAUCGGUGAUUUUGGUGAUGUCUAUGAAGGAAGCCUUCCAAGUGGUGAGCUCAUUGCUAUUAAGAAACUUAAAUAUAUGCAGGAUGGUGAGCAGGAAGAAGAAAUCGAGAAUCAGAUUAAGGAGGUCGGCUCUGUGUCUCACCCAAAUCUUGUUAAGCUGAUCGGCUACUGCUGCGAAGAAGCCGAUAGACUGCUUGUUUUAGAGUUUGUUCCCAACAAAUCUUUGAAAUUUCAUCUGAGUGAUGAAAAGAAAAGAUCAAAGUUGAAGUGGUCAAUAAGAAUGGAAAUUGCUUUAGGCUCUCUGCGAGAGGUUUAGCAUAUCUGCAUGAACAAUGUGAGUAAUCUUAUAUUAA